AUGGAUCGGUACCAGAGGGUGGAGAAGCCGCGGGAGGAGACGCCAAUUAAUGAGGAUGAGAUCCGCAUUACUGCUCAGGGGAGAAUGCGUAGCUACAUCACUUAUGCCACCAGCCUAUUUCAGGAUAAAGGUUCAAAUGAAAUCGUCUUUAAGGCAAUGGGAAGAGCUAUCAAUAAAACUGUCAUGAUUGUGGAACUGAUGAAGAGAAGGAUCACUGGUCUCCAUCAGAAUACUGCUAUUGGGUCUACUGACAUAACUGAUACAUGGGAACCAUUAGAGGAAGGCCUACUUCCGCUCGAAACCAUUAGGCAUGUCUGUAUGAUCGCUAUAACAUUGUCUAAGAAGGUGCUUGAUACAUCCACUGUUGGGUAUCAACCUCCUUUACCCAUAGACCAGGUGAAACCAUUAGCUGAAUUUGACUUUGAAGGAGAGGGCUCAUCUGCUGAUCGAGGUAGAGGCCGUGGUGGUCGUGGCAGAGGAAGGGCUCGUGGUAAUGGUAUGGUGGAUUAUAGUGAUAGAGGCUGGGCCAAUAGAGGUCGAGGAUAUGGGAGAGAUGGCUAUCCCCGUGGCAGGGGCCAUGGUUUCCGGGGUCGUGGCAGAGGAGGCGAGUAUGGUGGCCGGCCUGAUUAUCAGCAUGACAUGGGUGGCUAUAAUGGCGAGGCACCUCUUCCUGUCCAGGGCCGAGGUAUGUGGUCGUGGUCGUGGUCGUGGUAGGGGACAAACUCGAGGAAGGGGACGCAAUUCUGGAUCAAAUGAACCGAUACAAGCGAAUACUGAUGGAGCUUAACUGGAUCUUGGUUUUAGCAUACUUUCUUAUUUAUGACUUGUUGGACGCCUACUCCUCUAUAAAGGUUUAUCUUUUGUCUUUCAGUAAUAGAUUAACCAUAGUUUGUAUAAUCUGUCAUGCUGCGGCCUGGCAGUGGUGUCUCCAUGAUGAUGUAGGGUUGGGUAGCUCUUCCAUUUUCAAUUCUUACAAGAUUGACCUAAUUGUAGGAUUUGAUGAAUAGAGAAGUGCAUUCUUUUCUUUCCUUAAGGCUAGCUUGAU